UCUAGUGACAGAAUCUAGUUUACGCUAUUAGGUAAGAUCCGACUUAGCCGAUUAAUUAAAGUGUCUUUAAUACGGAAACAACACAACUAAAACUACAGGCGGCACCGAUCUCCGCUUCUUCUCUCUGUGACGGGCUGCAGAUCGCCUCAGCCUUUCCGGAAACCAAACUUUUUUUCAAACUUACUUCGUAGCACUGAGCGAAAAGAGGAAAACGGAGAGAAGACACUUGGUCCAACUUAUGCAGUUCCGUUUAUCAUGAAAAGGCGCUUCGCGAACAGAAAAAUAGCGCUUUUACGCGUUUUGUACUAAGAUCGACCUGCUUGUUCCCGUAUUGACAUAGCGGAUCUUCUCGUCUUCUUAUCAUGGAAGAUGGUGUGAAAGACGGAAAGGCCCAGCCCGCAGAAACCGCGUCCGUUAGCAAGGCCGGCUGGUUGAAGAAGUGUUCUGGAAGAUUCCUGGGAAGCUACAAGGACCGCUAUAUCUCAGUGGAGAGGACAGAGAUAGUGGUGUAUGAGAAUGAGGAUUUGGAGAAAUGCAUUGAACGGGUGGACUUGGAAAAGUAUGACAAAUGUUGUGCAUCCAGAGGUGCUUUCCAGAAGAAAAACCGGCUGCUCUUGAUACCGGCUCCUAAAAGUAAGGUCCAUGAAGUCAAGCUUCAGGUGACUGAUCCUGGUCAGAAGGAUGCCUGGCUCACGGCUAUUAGCGAUGCAAUCAACAGGGCAAAAAACAAAAUUUUUGAUGAGGUAAAAGUUGAUGAAAGCUGUUCUUUGGAACAUGUGACACGCACGAGACCCAAAGGGAAUCGGAGUCGAAGACCACCCACUAGGAUUCACAUGAAGGAGGCUGGUAACACUUCAUCAGAUGGGAUUCUCAGACUGGAUCUGGAUCUUGAUGCUGUGGACACUAUGCCCAAUGGAUCAUGUGAGGUCAAAGCCGAGACAGAGGCUCCUAAAGAGGUCAUCAAGCCACCAAUGCCACCAAGCAAACCCAGUGAGGAUGCCCCGCAGAACUCCGGCGAGGAAGAGGGUCCACAGAAGUCGGCUAUUAAACCCCCAAUGCCUCCCUCAACUGACAGCAAACCCAAGGAGGCUCCGCCCCAGAGCUCGAGUGAGGAAGACAGUCCACAGAAGUCUAUUAAACCCCCAAUGCCUCCCUCAAGUGACAGCAAACCCAUUGCUUCACCUAUCAAGGAGCCUGCAGAUGAUAAUUGCAGUAGUGAGAUAGAGUGUGUUCCUAGUUCCUCGCUUGCUGACGUGACCAGCACAUCCUCAGAAAAAGCAGAAAGUGACAAGACGCCUUCUGCUGUCGAUCCAUCACCAUCCAGCAAGGACCUGCAACCUCCUAUGCUACCAUCUAAGGACAAGAAGCCCAUUUUAAAACCAGAAGAUGCAGUUCCGGAACAGCCUUUGUCUAUGGAAGACAACAAGGCCGAAAGGCCUGUGGAGCCAACAUCAGAGGAUCAUCCAAGCACAUCCCCAGAGGAAGCAGCAUCUGGAAAGGACACCACUUCCAGUGCUGAAGCAACUGUAACGCCCUCAAAGGAAGUCUCCUGUGCAGCUGACAAGGAAGAUUUAGUUCCAGCUGCCAUAGAACCAGAGCCUACCAAUUUAACUGCAAUUUCUAUGGAAAAACAGGAACUUGUUACAAGCAGCAGUGUCAUAAAAGAAGAGGAUGAACCAAAGGUAACUGACCUGGAACCUUGUGUGUCCAACACAAAACCCCCAGAACAAAUUCCUGAACGUGUCAAAAAGGGUCCUGCCCCCCCUGCUCCUCCCAAAAAGAAACCAGUGAAGCCCCCGCAUGUCAUUGCUGGACAGUGUAACGUCAAAGCCAGUCCUGCCAAUGUUCCAUCUGUGGAGAGUGGAAAUCAGACUGUGAUUACACACGUUGAAACAGUUUCUAUGGAAACCAACCUUGAGCCGGUCAGCCAUUCCACGGAUACUAAUAGCGUGAUUCUACCAACUAUUUCAAGCAUGGAAGCGGAGAAUGUGUCCGUAAGCAUUAAAAGUACGGUUCCAGAUGGUGAGAUCGUUCCCUCAACAAUAAUCCUUGCCGAGUCAAAAGAAGACCCACCAAAAGCAGAUGAUGAGGUAUCCCUCGAGCCCAAGAAGGAUGGUGUGCUGAUAGUCCUCACUAGCUAUGAUUCAGGGGGGAACUUAAAUCUGUCCAUGGAACAAAUCGAUCGAGAUGAGAUGAGGUCAAGCGACAGUGGCCAACACUCUGAUGAAGAAAUGGAAAGUGGUGACAACAUCAGAGCUUCUACUAUAGCUCUGAGUGGUAGUCGGACUCGCUUGGAUGAGGAGAUCUGUGAAGACGGCACAGAUUCCAUGGACAACCACGGCCCACUCUCUCUGUCAGGAAAUGCUGAGAACCUGCAUGACAUAAUGAAAGGAGCAUUGAUUCCUGAGCUUAGCGAAACCUUCUCCCCUGUGUUCAUACCUUUUGUGACAAGAAAGUGCCUAUCUGUGGGAGACCUGCUGUCCACCAGCCAGCCAGGGCCACAACCAUCUGUGAGAAGUGAUGCUCAUGAGCUGCAAGGCAAAGCGUUCCCAGACCCGAUUUACACAGGGGAGCCCUUUGACAAAGGGAAGGGACAAAUGAGCACCACAGCCUUAAAUCCAGCGGAACAGGAGCAGCUGCAUGAAGCUUUGAAGAGACACCAAAAAGCCAGAAUCAUGAAAGUUCACACAACUAAGCGACAGAGUUGGUAGCUGGAUCAAAAUGACAACAUGGAAUUUCUACAGUGUCAUAUCCCUCUGCCUCUUUCACAAAUGGAGACAACAAUGAGAUCAUCCAAAACAACCUAGUUACCUCGACCCAAAUUACAUAUGCAAGAGUUCUUAUCAGGAUUACGUACAAUUAAUUCCACUCAUGAUUACUUUGAAUGAAACAGACAAAUUACUUUCAAAGUUACUUGGACAUUGCAGUUAGACUGAGAGGUAUGAUGGGUUAGACAUUUCAUGUAAGUAAAGAGAAUUUACUGCUCAGGUGAAGGGAUAAACCUGCAAUUUGUUGCGCACAUUGUAAGUUUAUUAUAAUGUAUGCAAGUGUAUUAUGUAUAUAUACACGAUUUAUACACAAUUUAAUGUUUAAUUAAAUAUUACAGUAUUUUAAUGGUAAGAGACAUGAUGAUGUCCGGUCUACUGUUCUGUUGUGUUGAAACGAAGACACUCCAGGAAAUCUGCAGGCAACCAAGGCUCUUCUGUAGACCACUGUCGACCAUCAAAUCGAUUGUUGUAAAUAAACAUGACAGAAAUAGCAGUGUGUAAUUCAACGAUUUGAACUGUAAAAUGAAAGCGUCUAAGGUUAGAUGCUCAUCGUGGAAGCUCUGCUCAAAAAACAGGCACAGGGGCACAUCAUAAUUAUUUUAAGUGGUGUACAGUUUCGCACUUGGGAGUAUAUUUUUGGAGCUGUUAGAGUUUGAGUCCCUUUCUAAAGCAACUGCAUGAUUGUGCAAAGUCACGCGUGUAGCAUGAAUCACUUUAAACCUCACUGUGCUUGUGAAAAGAAGCCCCCCUCCAGGACUGACAGCAUAUCUGACGCUGAUGGUGUCCUGAUGACUGUUACUCACCAUUUGCUCACCUUUUAUUUGUAGAAUUACAAAUAACUUGCAGCUUAGCAACCACACUUAUGCAGUGUAUAAAUAGUGCACAGGAACUGCACAUUUCCUGAGUGCUACACAGCACUGAUCUCUCCUUUUACUAGGACAAAAAAGGGGAACUGAUCCUUCUACAUGGUGUCAUGCUGCUGACUGUUAGUUAAGAAGGUUUAAGGCUGUUGCUGGCUUUGUGGCAGAUGGUUCGAAGCUCGUUUGCCCCCCACCACGGAAACAGUACUUUCCCAUGUGCGCCAUGUGUAGUGAAAUAGUGUUUCUGUCAGACUGUCACGUUCGUAAAUUGUUUUUAAAGCAUGACAUACUGUACAGGGUCGCCAACGUUGGUCAGCUGGCGGGGCGUGAGAUUUUCAGUUUGAGACAAGAAUGCAGACACAUACGUACACAUUUAUAUGCGUGUGAAAUAAUUAACAGUUUUAUUGCCUUGUAACUUGUAAAUAGUCUGUAGGGUUUGCAAACUACCCCAGAGCUUUUAAUGUAACUAAUUUUAAGUUUAUGAUGGGAUAAUAAAGAUUUGCUGUAAGAUUUCUUGCGUGAGUGUGAGAGGCUGAAAGCACGAGUGUCACGGCAGAUGCGUGAGAGUUGGCAGCCCUGGGUACAACAUGUGAAAUGGUGCAUUACACCUGCUUAACUUUUUUUAAAUAAUGUUGUCUGGUGAAAGUGCAGAUAAUCCAGACAGCCAGAAGGAGCAGAAAUAUAUUCAAAAUACAAACCAAAUGUUGUCUUACUGAGGGCUACUGAAAACCAGCCAUUUCUACAAAGUCGUUAACUUAUCCAGUUACCUGGCAGUGAAUCUGGGACAUGAAGGCUUUUAUUUCAGGUGUUAGCUGUCAUUUCAGGUAUUAGCUUUGUUUUAGUAAGGGCAUGGUGCCUAAGUGAGUCCGGCAAUAACCUCUUCCGAACAGACCUUACAAAAUCACUGUUGUCAAAGUUACAUUUCUCUAACUGAAAAUGAAAAUGUUAGCUGUACUAUCGAAAUAUAUUACAUGGUUAAAAGAGUAAUUAUGAACGAGAUGUAAUGCCCUUUAUUAUUUUGCGUAGAAAGUUUUUAAAAAUAUGCUAUGUAAAUGGGUUUUAAAUAAAGCGCCUUAUUCAUGCAG